UAUUACGCGGAAGGAUUGCAGUACGAUCGAAUAAAAACAUCUUUUAAUUUAAUAGAUGAUAUUUAUAUUGAUUUAAAAUUUAUCAAUAUAAAAGUUUUUGGUAAAAUGAUAUUCGAAAUUUGAAAGAUUUGUUUGUGCAAAUAAAAUGUUCCCGAUCUAUAUUGAGCAGCGGAAUACACAUCACGACCAAGUGCCCGUCAUCCAUGUUUGUUUCAUCGGAAGAAAAUGGAGGAGCAAAAGAUUAUUUACAUGAAGACUAAAGCAUGAUUCUUAUCCCUUACAGUUUAUUGCAUGAAUGGCCCUCUUGGUUAACCGCGAGGGAAUGACAGUAUCAUGUGAAUUAUUAUUUAUUUUGUAAUGGGAUGUCCAAAUAGUAAAUUGGUACCGGAGGGUCCGACUGACCAAAAUGUUGUCGAAGUUUUUGGCAGUAGAACUCAAACACAAACACGGUCUGAUAGGCCAAGGGAAAGAGACCCUCGAGGAACAGGCCCACCGCCGGAGGGUGAGCGUCAAAAUCGAAAAGUAAAAAGAUAUCGUGACAAAUUUGAUCCUAGAGUGACGGCAAAAUAUGAUAUCAAGGCUUUAAUAGGGCGAGGAAAUUUCAGCAAAGUUGUGAGAGUAGAACAUAAAAACACGAAACAACCAUAUGCUAUCAAAAUGAUAGAUCGGUUAGAGGGUAAAGAAGUCUUUGAAUCAGAAGUUGCUGUCUUGCGACGAGUGAAACAUACUUAUAUAAUACAAUUAAUUGAAGUGUUCGAAUCAAAAGACAAAGUGUACAUGGUUAUGGAACUUGCCACAGGCGGGGAACUUUUUGACCGCAUUAUAGCCAAAGGAUCUUUUUCAGAAAGAGAUGCAACUAGGGUAUUAAAAAUGGUUUUGGAAGGUGUUCAUUAUUUACAUGGACUGGGAAUAACCCAUCGGGAUUUAAAACCGGAAAACUUAUUGUAUUAUCAUCCAGGGCAUGAUUCAAAAAUAAUGAUAACAGAUUUUGGUCUCAGUGCAAGUCGAAAAGGACCAGAACAGUUUAUGCGGACUACAUGUGGUACGCCUGAGUACAUUGCUCCUGAAAUUAUUGCAAGAAAACCAUACAACUGUCAAGUUGAUAUGUGGGCAAUAGGUGUAAUUACAUAUAUUUUACUCAGUGGAACUAUGCCAUUUGACGAUGAAAAUAAAACUAGGCUUUACAGACUUAUUUUGAAGGCAAAAUACAGCUAUGUAGGAGAACAUUGGAAAGAAGUGUCAGAUAUAGCCAAAGAGUUUAUUAACAAAUUACUAACAGUUGAUCCAGCGGAUAGAAUGAUUGCAACACAGGCGUUGAACCACUCAUGGUUAACAUCGCUGGCCAGUAACAAGAAUCUACACCGUACAAUUUCUCAGAACUAUCUCCAUCGCAUGUCUACACGUGCUAAUAGCACGAAAAGUGCCAAAUCUACAAAGUCUACAAAAAGUAACAAAUCUAAUCGUUCAGGUCGUUCAUUACGUUCCGAACACCGGCGUGUUCAACCAGAAGAAAUAGAUGAACUGCAUCGUAAUCCAGACGUUCAAGCUGACAUAGCCUCACUGGGUAAUUAAAAUGAAGGUUAAUUUGUUCACUGGAUAUUAUGCUUCAAUAUUUCAUUUUGUAUUUUAGUGCUAUAGGGUUUUAAUUUGUUAAAAAUGAUCAGAAUUUAUAUUUCUUCAUUGAUAUGUUGCUUUGCCUUGAAGUCGAGGACAAAUGACAAAUGGAGAAAUGCAUUUCAACUGUAGCUCUAUCAUUGUCUAUGUCUUAAAUUCUUUAGUCUUCAAUUUCUCAGAAAUAUAUAUGCCUAUAUUACAACCAAUUUAUGUUCACAGUUUUCUGUAGACAAAGUUCAAUGAAGUUAUAGAAACUUUUUUUUUUAAAUCCAAAAACUAUAUAUGUACUGUUUGUUUAACAUGAUGAAAGAUAGUUUUUUAUUUACGUACUUAAAUGGAGAUGAUAAUCAUGUUAUAAUUAAAUAUUAUAUUUCUGUGUAGUUUACGCUGUUCAAUGCAAUCAGUGAAAAUUUGAACCUUUUGCUACUACAUUUAUAUCUGCUGAGUUAAGUUGAUCGCACCAACUAUGGAUUAUUUGUUCUUAGGCCAAAUAAAAAAAGAUGUGUGUUUCCUAUUACCUAGAGCUACCCUCCCUAAUUUUUAAGCUCAAAAAUAGCCUAUCCUAAAGUUUUUUUUGUCAUUUUUCAAUAAGCAUUGUUAAAGUCAGAAUGUCCCUCCCAUAGACUCAAUGUAAAAAAAAUAUGGUAAAAUAAAAAAAGAUCUACCUACCUACUCUAUUUUUUUUCAAAGAUGUAAUAGGAAACACACAUAUUAUUUUUUUUGCCUUGUGAGUUUUUCUAACAGAAUAUUACCAUAUCAUGAUAACUGAAAAAUAAAGAAAAAAUUUCAAAAUUGAAACACAUUUAAUUUGAUAAACUUUAAAAAGUAACCUAUAGAAAAUUUUAAAAUUAUUUUAUCAUAGUUUCUCUAGCAUGUCUAGUAUACAUAUAUGUCAUGAAUUAGAAUUAAUACAAAAAAAUUGAAGAAAGCUGAAAAGGUUAGCAUUAAACAUAUCUGCCAGCACCAGGAUCAUAACAUCCAAGUUUAAAAAAAUAUCUAUACAUGUAUACGGAACAUUAAAUUGGUUGUAAUUAAUGGUUUUUAGAAACGAAGCUUCGUAGGAAGUUAUUUCAAAGAGGAUGAAAUGUAACAAAAUCCUUUUUAAGUAUGCUAUUUAUUGUUAUAAUGUAUGUAUGGUAAAACCUCAUUAUUGUUGCUGUACUAAGUUUGUAUGGUCUAUAAAAGUGCUUAAAUUAGUUGUGAAUGGUAAAGAGAUACUGUUUUUGAAAAAGUUGAAUAUUAUAUGAAUAAUAGUCAGAUUGUAGUGCAUGUUUAAAUAACUUCUGUUUACAUUGUAGAUAUAUUCUGAUUCAACCAUUGCAAUUAGUAAAAAAAUAAUAUUUCUAAAAAAAGGUUUAAUUUUCAAUAAAAAUUAAGGGCAGUCUUUAUUUGAGAAUUCAGAAAUGUUGGCAAAGAUUGUCAAAGGUCAACUGCAUAGAGGUCGAGUUCAAUUCAAAAACAAUUUAGGACAUUAUGUAGGCAAAUUCUGACAUAAUUUCUGGUUAUGUUCUUUCUGUGUACCUCCAUUAUCGAUUGUGACUUUUAUCAUACUGUUACAAAAGAAAAUAUCAGAGAACAACGACAAUAUUUAAUGUUGUGAAUGAAUAUUCCAAAAUGAAGAACUGAAAAUAAGUAAAACGCAUGUUGCUUAUAAAAAAUAUAUAUAUGAACAUCUAAUCUGAAAAGUUUAAAUCAAUAAUAAAUAACAGGAUGUAUAUAUUUAAACUAAUGAUAGACUUUUGAUCCUGCAUGAAGUCUUAUAUAGUACAUGUAUGUACAAAUAUUUAUGCAAUGAAAGUUUGACAAUUUGCCUGUCUGUCUUUACAUGUAUCUGAAGAAAAUGUCUUAAGAAACAUGAAUCCAUAAAAAAAUGAGGUUUUACUAUACAUUUGUUUUCUUGUGCCAAAUUACUUUUGAUAAUCUUUGUUAAAUGCUGUUAUUACUUAAUCACUGUUAUGUUAAGAGGUGCAUAAAAAUACAUAAUUUUUAAUCAUUUGAUAAAUUUGACUUGACCUAUAUUCAUGAUAUUAUUGAGUUCAACACUUAAAAGUUUGGGGGAAAAUUUUGUAUUUUAGAUGGUAUUUGAUCAAUUAUUAAAAUAAAAUUACUAUGUCCACACUCUGCUUACAUGGAUCUGACAACACUGCAUUCUACUUAUGAACAUUAUUAUGUCAACCAACAGUUUUAAAUGGGUAUCAUGAAAACAAAACCUGAGGAUCCCAAAAAGGUUUUAAAACUGCAAGUAAAAUAGAUGGUUGUCACUUUCGUGUAAUUGAAGUGGCCAUAUUAAGCAAACCCUACAUUUGUAUUACUAACUAGGACUUUAAAUGUCAUAUAUUGAUGAAAAUAUAGAUUCUACCACAAUGGCUAUGGUAUUUAUUACAUUGAGACGGUUAAAAUUUCAAAAUUUAAUAUGCAAUGGAACCUCUUUCUUUAAUUAUCUAAUGAAAAAAAUUUGCAAGUAUAAUAUUCUGAACAUCUCAAGUGUUAAUGUUCAGUUUGCCACAAAUAUAUCAAUCUGGUCAUCAGAGCUGAUCUACAAAAAAAAAUGUAAAUGCACAAAGAAUUUUAUGAUUAUUUGCAACUUGUGUUUCUGCUGAUUUAAAAUUUUUAGAUAUUAUUGCAGCCUAAAUCAUCGUCUCCUCUUAAAUUUCCCAUAAAAAGUGACAAAUGGAAUAUUUUUUAUUUGUGAAUUUCCUCUUUCUUUAUUAUUUAUAAAACUGAAUAAAUAGCUUGAUUGAAAGGUACGGUGAAUAGAUCUUGUGUUAAAUUGUGCCACAGUGAAAUAUUAUGAAUAAAAAACUGUGAUAUUUUGUAUAGUGUGUGAACAACUUAAAGUCUAGUCAUUUUAUGUUUGUUGUAUAGUGCUAAAUAUUGACCCCUUUAUCAGAAUGUGCUUUAUUUAUUAUCAUACUGUAUAUGAUGUGUAUAUACAUUUUAUGUCAAUUAUGUACAAACUUGUGUAUUUACAUGAAUUAUUUAAGGCCAGACCAAGUUUUCAUGUUUCUUUCGUAAUGGGAUUAAAUUUAAUUUCGAAGUCUAUGCAUGAACUUUACAUUGUAUGUGCAAGUUACCAAUGUUUCUCACACGAGAUAAUAAAUACCGGAAUUUUUUUUUUAAUGCUUAUAGUGAAAGUUAUUGAAAAAAGAAAUACUUGUAAUAUUCUCAAAUAUAUCAAACAAUGAAACGUGUAAAGAUUUAAGAAUUAAUUGUACUCAUUUAUUGUAUAUUUUGAAGAAUUAAGGAGAAGUUUUUCGAUUUGUCCAAAUUUUAUACAUUGUAUUAUCUGUUGAACAAAUGGUUUUUUGCUUUGUAAAGAAAAUUUAAUGUAACUGUUAGUUGUGGACAGUAGACAAUGGUAGAGAAAAUCCAAACUAAUUUUUUUGAAAUAUUUUAUUCACUACAGACCCUUGAUUUGUCAUGUUGCACUUUUUACCGUCCUUGAAGAAGAUUGUCUGUGAUUAGGAUAAAGCCAAAUCAUGCAUUUACUAUGUAAAUUUAUUUGUGUAAGCCGUCCAAUUUGUCAGUUUUUAAAUUUUUUUUAUACUUAUAUAUAUGAUUUAUGCAGUUUUGUAUCUUUCUAUCCAGAAUUGUUUUAUUAGAGUUUAAUUUACAUUGAAAACAAACCUAGUUAGAUCUUAUGUUUUCUUCUUUUAAUGAUGACUUCCACUAACAUGUCUAAAGGCUGUUUGAUAUCGUUAUGGUAAACAGGGAUAAUUUGGGAACUAAUAGUACAAGCAAUUUUAACAUUUUACAGCACUAUAAUUUUGUAAGUAGUUAUAUGUACAUCAUUACUGAUACAAUAAAGAAUUCAUAAAUAGAUGUCAAUGAUGGACAGCCCUCAUCAUUUGAUGACAUACAUUUGUAUCCUUGAAAAGACUCCUCAGAGUGUAUUGAACAUAGUGUAUGCUACAGAAAUGGCAUAGUGACGUAAAGUUCUACCUCAGUUAUCCUUCCUCUCCCUCGGAAAUUUGUAGAAAUAUUUCUUAGCAUAUAAAUUAGCUGCAUUUUGAUAUUAUGUCUGAACCUCAGGGACUGUAAAAUCAUGGCUGAAUAGAUUAAUAACCAAUUUAGAGACAAACAUGGGGUCAAAAUAACAUAACCUGUUCAGAGUAUUUGUUCACUAUUCAACAAGAUCAACCUUUUAAAUCAGUUUAAUUAUCUGUCUCCCAAUAGAUAGAUUCAGUAGAUAUACAUAUGUACAAAACAUCACAAAAUCAAAGAUUGGCAUCCUUGAUUUAUAGAAAUAUUUCCUAACUGAAAGAUUGAAAUUGGUAUUGACCUGAAAAAAGUACCGGUACUGAAAAUUGUCAUAAUAAAUGAUUUUGAAUAUAGAAAAUUGAUAUAGAAAAUUGAACAACUGAUUUAUUAUGAUUGAGUAAGUGAAUUCAGACAAAACAUGUAUAUGUUAAAAUGCAGGUAUAUUUUUAUUUAAGAAAAUAAUCAUUUUCUAAUUUAUCACCAUAUUAAAGUUAUUUUAUAUCAUGUUUCAUUUUCCUCAAUUGUAUUAAAUACACUGCUGAAUUCAUCAAGAAUAUUUUUACUUUUUUAGAAAUGUUAUGUUUUUGUAGAUACUUUGAUGGUAAAUACUAAAUUUCUUUCCCUAAAUCUAAUGCAUUUUUAGGUAAAUUCGUAUAUUGCAUAACUUUGCAGUUUGUUGAUUGUUACCCAAAAGCAGCAUACCUUCUUAACCGUGAUGCAAAAUAAGCCAUACUUCUUUAAUUCUGCAACAGCCAACUACAUACUAUAUGCAUCUUUUUACAAAUUUGUGGCAAUUGCCAAAUACAUGUUAAUUAUCUGUUUUGUGUGCAUUAUAUAUGUUAAGUGAAUUAUGAUCAUUUUCAUGAAGAAUAUAAUAAUAUUUUACAAGAUUAAUAUUGUAAGUUAUAUGGGUUCCAUAUUAUACAAUUUGUUAGUAUUUUUGUUUUGUUAUAUCUGAUUUUUAAGUUGAAAGUGCUUUUUAUAAAGAGUUGUGCUGGAAGUGAUAAAAACAUCCUCAGUUGAAAUGUAUUUUUAACAACUAAAGCAAUAAAAUUUGUAUAUUUAGACAAUCUAUAUGCUAUCUUUUUUUUUGCUUGCUCAGAUAGGACUCUUCUUAGUUAUAUUCUUGCUGUAAAUAUAAUUUAUAGGCAAAUAUGGGCCUCUAGUUGCAACAUUAUUAUCUCUUGUUCCUGUUUGGAAUUAGGUUUUAAAUUAUGUCUGUCCAGUCUUUAUGAAAUCAAUUGCCACUUGACAUUAACCCAGCAACACUCAAAAAUCUUUAUAAAAUCGGUGAUAAUUUGUCCUCUUUAUAUAAAAACCAGUUGUGAUUUUUUUCAGUUUAAUAUAAGAAUACUUUAUUAACCUUGCUAUUGAGUCCAUGAGUAGAAACCUUUCUAUUAAGUACAUGAGAGUAAAAACCUUUUUAUUGAGUCCAUGAGAGUAUUUGUUUUUACAUAAUAUCAGUAUUUAUAUGAACCCUAUUGCUGUAUAUUUUGUUAAUUUUUGUACUUGUUUCAUUUUAUUUGUAUUAAUUGUUAUUAAUUAUAACUCAUUUGAAGGUUAGAGAAUUUUUAUUAAUUAUAUAUUUUGGAUCUUUAGGUUGUCAGAAAAUUCAUCCAGUAAAUUUUAACAUUUAUGAAAUAUUUAAUAUACUGAAUGAUGUUGAUUAUACUUGUUGGUUGUUGAGGCUAUAGUUGGGUUGUUUUUUUUCUUCGUUUCUUUUUAAUAAUUGACUUUAAAUGAAAUUUUUGACCUUUACAAUUUACCACAUGCUUUUUAUCCAAAAAAUCAUCUGUUUUAUAGGUAGUAACAAAUAUAAGAACAAAAAAUGAACUCCAUCAAGCAUAUGUAAUAAUUUAUACUUUUGUAUUUAUCUUUUAAGUCUAUGAAUUUUAGCUAUUUGUGUUCUUUUUUCCUUAAGUUUCAAAUCAGGAACACACUAGUAUUUUACUAUCAAUUUUCCUUAAGUUUCAAAUCAGGAACAUACUAGUAUUUUACUAUCAAUUUUCCUUAAGUUUCAAAUCAGGAACAUACUAGUAUUUUACUAUCAAUUUUCCUUAAGUUUCAAAUCAGGAACAUACUAGUAUUUUACUAUCAAUUUUCCUUAAGUUUCAAAUCAGGAACAUACUAGUAUUUUACUAUCAAUUUUCCUUAAGUUUCAAAUCAGGAACACACUAGUAUUUUACUAUCAAUUUUCCUUAGGUUUCAAAUCAGGAGCACACUAGUAUUUUACUAUCAAUUUUCCUUAAGUUUCAAAUCAGGAACACACUAGUAUUUUACUAUCAAAACAAACUUAAUUUCCCCCUUCAGACUAUUUGUUUUUAAAUAUCACAACUAUGGCCUCGACACCAUUUUUUUAUAACUCCACAGGCUUUGUCAGUUGAUAUUUUCUUUAGUUUAUUAAUUGUCAUCAGAAGUUUUAAUAAUCAUUUGCCAUACAAUAGAUGAUAUUGUAGAUUAAUAUUUUCAUUUCUUUUAAAAGUUAUAAUCACCAACAAUCAAUAAGAAAAGAAUCGCAUCUUAUAACAAUAAAUCACGAAUUGUUACAUCUAGGAAUAUAUGUCAAUCAUCCGUGAUGACAAUUUGAAUAUAAAGAAAUUAAGUUAAAAAAAGUCUUUUAUGAAUAUAUGCUUUGUAACAGACUAAAAUAAUCGCCAAGUAAAUCCAAGAAUUGGAAGAAGAAAAAGAAAAUAAAAAUGGCAGAAAAAUCAGAAAUUUUUGUUUAGAAGUUUGCAUUUCCAAUUCGAUAUUUCUUGUUUUACUUAAUGCUAAAUUAAUUUAUUGUUGAAAAUAGCUAUAACCAUUGGUUGAAAACAAAAUUUAUGUCUAGUCACCAGCAAUCCGGAUGAAAUCCUUUAAUAAAUAAUGACACUUUUUAUCUCUAGUCACCAGCAAUCAAGAUGAAAUCCUGUAAUAAGUUGUUGCACUUUUUGUAUUGUAUAGUAGUAGAGAAAAAGUUAAGCAAAGUUUUAAGUAUAAGUGACCCAAAAAAGCCAUCUGAUUUUAAAGAAAUAAUUCCAACACUGGUUAACAUUUAACAAAUUGUAAACUCUACUGAUCAGUCUGAUAUAUUUAUGUCUUCACACAGAUUAAUCCGUCCUAAAACUUUUACGAUAUUUUUAUGACAGAUAUAGUUCAGUUGUUGGUGUAUAGAGUUACCUCUUGAUCAUUUUAUUUGUAUAAACUAUCAAUUUUUUAGAUACAGUUGAAAAAAAUAAAGGCUUUGCCAUCAUAA